GACAAAGCGAAGCAUAAACGUUUUGACCCUAGCGAGAUCCCGUAGUCAGGAAUCCGGAAACACAGCUGCUGACAGCUAAACACUCAACAUGGGUUGAUUUUGUGGAAGGUCAACAUGAGGCGCAGUCUCCUGAACGUCAGUGUUUUCUGCUGUAGUUGGAUAAUUUGACUUUUAGCCAGCCAUGGGUCGGGAGGAGGAGGAAGAGGAGCUGACAGUCAAGGCAGCACCUAAGGAGGUGGAUGUGUUUACAUCCGUGUGCUGCUUGGGUUACUUGUCCAGCAUCAACCUCCUGGUGGCAGUAUGUGUCGGCAUGUACGUCCGCUGGGAGGCGACCGACGAGCCCAUGAUCCUAGUCAUCUUCAUCCUGGGCCUCUUCGUCCUGGGAAUCGCCAGCAUCCUCCAUUACUACUUUGCCAUGGAGAAGGCCAGCCUCAGCUUGUUCCACCUGUGGUUCGGCUUUUUACUCGGACUCCAGUGCUUCCUCAACAGCCCCGCCUUGGAUUCGAAUGUUACAGAACUUGUCGCUAACUACCUCCUGGUAGCCAGCGUGGUGUUGAAGGCGGUCUGGGCUGUAACUGAACGCAUAUGCUACUCUGUCCGUUACAAACCCAUGUUGUUAACGUCAGCCGAGUGGCUUGAGCUGCUGGGAUUUGGAAUCGCCAGCACUACUAUGCUUCUUCACAUGUCGGCAGCCAUUGUUGGCUUGGUAGUGGCCUUGGGAGCUCUCAUUGUGGACUUGAGGAUGAAAUCCCUUCUAGCUUUGCCCAACCUGAUUUGUUUUGCGUUGGUUACUUCUCUUGUAUUCUUUCAGGCUUUAGGCAUCCCAGCCAACCCCUAUGCCUUAGGUUGCUUCCUGGGCAGGCAGCUCUGUGAGCCGGUGUUGGACGUGUACUUUAGUGGACUUGGACCCAGUGAGCGCUGGAUGCCAGUGCUCUCACUGGGGAAUGUGUGGAGAAGACUGUCCCUGUUUCCUCUGUGCCUAAUGGAGCUGGCCUUCUUUGUCUUCGCUGCCUUGAAGCUUGGCCACUUGGAGCUUUGGUAUCUAGUGAUCCCCGGCUUCUGCCUGUUUGGCCUUUUCUGGGCCAUCUGCCACAUAAUUUUGCUGAUCACAAUUUGGGGCUUCCACACUAAGCUGACCGACUGCCAGAAAGCCUGGCGGGCCCAUCCGUCAAGUAGACGCAGUCUGGACCAGGUCAUGGCCUCCCGGGGCAUCCGACACUUUUGCCUCAUUUCAGAACGCCUCGUCUUUUUUAGUCUGCUGUCAACCGUCAUACUGGGAGCUGUGUCCUGGCAGCCCUCCAACGGUCUCUUUCUCAGCGCUCUGCUGGUGGUGUUGCCCUUGGAGUCUCUGACACACGGCCUGUUCCACGAGCUGGGCAGCUGCCUGGGAGGAACCUGUGCUGGCUAUGCACUGGUAAUACCUACUAUUUACUACAGUGCCGACAGCCAGCCCAGUCUCCUACCACCUGAGCAUGUGCAGGAGUUGAACCAACGCUCCACUGCCAUGCUGAACGACAUGCAGCGCCUCUUCUCGCACCACAUGAUCCAGACGUUCGGCUGCGACUACUCCACCAGCGGCGUUACCUUGGAGACCGUGCAGAACAAGCUCCGCAGCUUUCUGGAGCUUCGAACGGCAGACGGCCCACGCCAUGACACAUAUUUGAUUUUCUACAGCGGACACUCUCAGAAAGUCUCGGGGUCCUGGACUCUGGCAGGAGGUGAGAAUCUGCACCUGAACCAGCUGCUGGAGAUGUGGAAGGAGAAGAACGCUGGCCACGGCUCACGCCUCAUCAUAGUACUGGACACGGAGAACUCCCUCCCGUGGGUCAAAGACGUUCACAGAGUGGAGGGCGUCUACCUGGCGGUGCAGGGAGCCGAGCUGCCACCCUCCAGGCUGGACCCGGAGUUCGGAGGCAUCGCCCUCCUAGGUGACUUCACCUCUGAACGGGUUGCGUUCAACUGCAACCCGGCCAGCGAAACCCAGUGGACUGAGAAGGGCAGGUCUGUGACGGCAAUGUACGGCGUGUCGAAACGCUGGAGCGACUACACACUCCACCUUCCCACUGGGAACGACGUGGCCAAACACUGGAAGACCCACUUCCCCAAGGCCACCUACCCGCUGAUCCACUUGUCCAACUGGUGCUGUGGCUUGAACCUGUUCUGGUUGUGCACAGUGUUUCUUCGCUGCUUUAGAAGGUGUAAACUGGCCUGGUUCCCCCCAGUUGUUCUGGACACUGGGCAGGGCAUUAAACUGGUACAUUCAUAGGGGACAGGUGGAUCAAAAAAGAGAAGGUUUUGGGUUUUUCUUUAUUCUUUGUCAUACAGAGAGGGCUUGAUUAUUAUUUUUCUGUUAAUGAUUGUCAAUCAAAAGUUCUUUAUAUCUGGAAAAUGUGUUUUUAUGUUUUUUAUUACCAUUAUCUAAUUUUUGUAACCAUAUUUUCUUUGUCGUUGAUGACAAACCAAAUUAAAACAUGUUUUGUAGCUGA